AUGAAAAAACAAUCGAUUACUGGUAAGGACUGUGAGUGUGUGGGAAAGGAAUAUGUUUGUGUUGGAUGUAGUCUAACAUAUGAGGAAGAGGAAAGAAGAAAGGAUGAAAAAGAAGAAGGAUCGGAGAUAUAUUUUAUUCUACCUAUUUACCCAUACUUUAAUAUGUCAGAAGUUAAACAUAACCUAAGCCAUAACUCCCCUGGCACUGAUACACCACAAGAUGACCCCAAACCUAUAGGCGUAUUCUGGGAUAUAGAGAAUUGUACUGUGCCUAGGGGGAAGUCAGCUCUAAAAGUGGUACAGAGGAUCCGAGAUUAUUUCUUUAUUGGUCACAGAGAGGUAGAGUUCAUGUGUGUUUGUGAUACUUCCAAAGAAAGCAGAGAUAUCUUACAAGAACUGAAUGAUGCACAGGUGACAGUCGUCCAUAUCAAUGCUACCAGCAAGAAUGCAGCUGAUGACAAGUUACGACAAAGUUUGAGAAGGUUCUCCAGUUCCUUCCCUCCUCCUGCUACUGUAGUACUGAUAUCAGGUGAUGUCAACUUUGCAUCUGAGUUAUCAGAUUUACGCCAUCGUCACAACUUUGACAUAGUUCUUCUCCACCGCCCUUUGACCAGGAAAGCUCUGCUGGCAACAGCACAUCAUUGUGUUGAAUUUGACCAAUUUCUAGCUGAUCUUCCCCCUAGGACACCUACCAAGUUUUUAGCAAAUCCAGUUCAGAUUAGUGAGCUGCUAGUUACGUCCCUUCCACAGAAUGAACAUUACAGUCGCAUAAGACGUCGCCUCAAUAUUCUCUCAGACAACUGUGGUGGUAAAGUUAUCAAUGUUGGCAAGAAGUCGGCCUUGAUCAAGUUUGCCAGCCAUGAGGAUGCUUGCAGGGCAAGGAAAAGGAUGAGUGGGGAGGAUGUUUAUGGAGAAAAGAUCAAGGUAGACUUUCCUAAGGGGCACAACAAGCCACCUGGUCUCCCCGUCAGUGGUCCUGUAAAUGAUGUCAAGACUGAACAUAUAGAGUGUGCCACUCCAAAGACCCCUGAAUUAGUGAGAAAACCCAGAGCCAUCCUUGCUAAAGCAGCGAGUCCCUACCAAGGUUACCAACAGAAAUCCACAUCCCCAUUAUCAUUUCGCAGCAGUCCUAGGCACUACAACAGCAGUCCCAGGCAGCGUGUAGGCAGCCCAGCUUCAAACCAGCAUAUUCAUUAUUAUAAUCGCACCAGCCCAAAUAUGUAUAAUCGCAUGUCCCAGGGUCAUAGGUCAUACCCUGAACAGAGAUGCUAUACUGAUGCCUUUAGCUACAGCACCAAGUCAACUGCAAGACCAUAUAAUACAGGAUAUGGGAGUGCUGCCUCUAACAAUACACUUAACACAGAUGCUGAAAUUGAAAAUUUGAAAGGUGUUGUGAAUAAAUUUACGAAAGAGAGUAAAUCAAGCAAAAAUCUUGUGUCGCUCCAGCAACAAAUCUAUCAGGAGGACCAGUAUAAGAAUGCAGAACUUGCAGCCAGUCACAACCCAGAUGCUUAUACUGUAGCCAAUCAGAAGCCAGAUCCUAAUGCCGUAACCAAUCAGAACCUAGAUGCUAUUGCUUUAGCCAAUCAGAACCAAGAUGCUCAUGAAUUGGCUAAUAUCAACAUGGGGGCAUCAGCAAUAUACCCUCCUAAACAUGUUAAAUUCAGCUAUGAGAAAACUGGCUGGAGUCCAGGCUAUAAGACACCUCAGUAUCAACCUAGUCCAUAUCAACACCCACAUGUCCAUAGGGGAGGAUUUCGGAAAAGUCCUGGAGCUACACGUCCUAGAUCUGCUACUGGAUACAGGUACUCUCCCCAGCCCCAAUAUCAGCCAAAUGGAUGCUAUAUGAACCCUGCUGGUGAGGUGGUGGAUUAUAAUGGCUAUCAGCGGAGCAAUAGCUGUGAGGCUUUAUUUCAACCUAUCAGAGCAAACUCUCCUAUGUCAUCCAGCAGAGCCUCAUCAGAGAGCCCUCAAGUUGUUCUGGAAGAAGGGAUGGUAGAUCUCAUGGUCUCUAACCUGGACUAUAACAUCAGUGCCAGGGAGUGGAAGAAAAUACUGUAUACUACAUUUCAACAGCAGGUUCAGGUGCUAAACAUAGUUAUCCAGCCACAGCCAGACAACACAAACAUUGCCGUAGUCCAAGUGCCAAGUCUCGAUGAGGCUAGGUUCACUAUCUCUCAGUUCCAUCGCAAGAAGAUUGGCUACAAGCGCAUCCAUGUCUCAUUGAUGACAACUGAUGUCACAACAUCUACUGCAAACAUAAGAAAUGAAGUUUAUGCAUUGUUAAGUGAUGUCCGAGACAAUACAUUGCCGCUUUUUAAGUUCAUUGAGUUAUUUGAAAAAAGGUACCAUCAGACAAUCAGUGUGUCUGAAUUGUACAAGAUGAGGGAUUUAGUGGAGAUAAAGGAUGAAUCUGGGGCUGGCAGGAUGGUGUGUCUUGCACUGGGAGUGCUUCUACCUAAUAGGAACUCAGGCUCCCCUGCAGAUAUGGAGGUUCAGGAAAUCAUGGAGUCCCCUGUGUGCAAGGUACACUGUAUUGAGGGUACAGAUAGCUACAUGGCUUCCAUGGAGUCAGCUAGUCUGCCCAAUGUAAUGCUGUCAUUGAAGGGAUUUGCACCCCAGGUCCACACCCUACUACUUAGCCAUGAUGGAAACAUGCCCCUCAUGAGUUUCCCAGUGUGCUAUGAGGCAGAAUUUGGCGUUUCCAUCCAGGAGAAGUCAAUGGGUGCCCCUCUAGAACACCUCAUAGCCUCUAUCCCUGGUAUACAGAUAUCUCUCUCAAAAUGUGGCAUAAAGAAAGUUCAAUGGGCAGAAAAUAAACCUCCUCAAACUAUUGAGUUUGGAAGGUUUUGUUCCACACCAUUGAUGACCCAGCAAUUGAUGCAACUGAGUCGAGAAGUCGUAGACCUACUGAAGAAUAGCCCUAACUGUCGCAUGCCAUUCAGCAAGUUCAUCCCCUCAUAUCAUCAUCAUUUUGGUCGACAGUGUCGUGUAGCAGAUUAUGGAUACACAAAACUACUGGAGCUUUUUGAGGCAAUACCCCAUGUUAUUCAGAUAAUGGGCAGUGGUAAUAGACGCAUAGUAACCCUCACAAACAAAGCUCAGGUGAAGAGGUUCACCUCUGAUAUUCUUCGCAUCCUAAAGUCUCAAGCUAGCAAGCAAAUCACAUUUUCAGAGCUACCCCUAAUAUACAAUAAGGUGAUAGGUAAGGAUUUUGACAUCACAGACUAUGGAAUGUGUUACCUGGAAGAUAUGCUAACACAACUUCCUGAUACAACUAUUAUGGUAUCUGGUUCAGGCCACAACCUUGAGAUUGCCCUUCCCAGACGUGACCAAACCCCUGAUGAGAUAGAGAGAACUCAGCAGUUUGGCCUAGAGGUGGUUGAUUUGUUGCGUCAUAGCCCGCAGUGUAGAAUGCAGUUCAACAAAUUCAUCCCUGCCUACCACCACCAUUUUGGCCGGCAGUGUAGAGUUUCUGAUUAUGGCUUUACCAAACUUUUGGAACUAUUUGAAGCUAUACCUGAAGUUUUGCAAAUGAUAGAUGAAGAUGAUGAUAAAAUGCUCUGCCUCACAGAAGAUGAACUCAUCAAAGUUUUGGUUGGUCAAGUUUCAAAACUUCUGCAGUCGUGUCCUAACAGGAGAAUCCCUGUAUGUGAAUUCAUGGCUGCCUUUAUGAAGUUCUUUGGCCACAGCAUCUGCUUGGCCGACUAUGGUGUCACUAACAUCAUCAGCCUUCUAGAGAAAAUUGAUAGUAUAACAAAUAUUGAAGAAGUUGAUGGAGUGACCAUGUUAGUUCUAAUAGAUCACAGCCACCUUCAGCGCCUUGCACAACAUGUCCUACAGUUAUUGUUUGAUCAACCUGGGGGUGCCAUGCGGGUUCCUGAGCUGUGUAUACGCUACCAGGAGGCUUGCGGUACCAUGUGUGAUAUACGAGAAAUAGACGCACAGCUCUGUAAUAUCGUAGAAGUGGUAGGUAGCUAUGAAACAGGAAGUGUCAAACUCUGCCCGAUUCAGAUGUUCGCUCGUGACGUGUGGACACUGCUACGGGCUCAAAAUGGCCGCCUGUUGCUUCAGCACUUCGAGGCAAUUUAUGCAGAUCACUAUGGAAGUAGCUUGAUACCUGCCACAUAUGGUUACCCCAGCCUCCUUGCCUUGUUACAGGCCAUACCACAUGUAGUUAGCAUCAGAGGCAAGGGGUAUAGGAGAACUGUUAUGCUGAACCAAGACUUCUUAGGUAAACUUGGAGAAGUGUUCUUGCUAGGAAAACUGAGUCAGUCUUCCAGUGAACGCAACUCUCCUGUUGAUACUAAGAAGCCUAGUUCCAAGUCCAGUUCCCCAGAUUCUGGCAUCACAGAACUGCAUGAGGAUGACAAGGAGCUUAUAAAGAUAAAUGAUACAACACGUGUCAGGUCUCCCCUAGAGCUCCUAUGUGCUGGUUCACUACCAUCUAAUAUACCCUCCCCUGAUCUGCAACCUACAGCUGUCCGCCCCGACCUUAUAAGGUUUGAGCCUCAACUUACAGAUGUUGAAAUAUUGAUGGCUGGUUUGACAGUAGAGGAGAAGUCUGGACAGAAGACACCUCUUGUGAAAACUCCUGUUUCUGAAAUGUUGGAUUUUGCUGCCAAGCUCCUCCCAGGACCAAACCAAGAAGUCUUGUCAACUGACAAUAAUGCUCCUACUAACAACAAGAAAGCCCCCUAUACAAGCACAACAUCGAAAUAUGAAAUUCAUGAUGAUCUUCAAAUGAUAAUGGCUAAAGCUGAGCCAACUAUUUCAUCAGGAUCAGGUUCAGAUGAAUCUUUCUCUAAGGGGUCUCCAAGAAAACGUCGUAUUGCAGCAAGGUUUAAUGUACCCAUUGAGCCCCCAAGGAACUCUUAAUGCUACCAUUUGUAGAUAGCAGUGUUAUAACAGUAGCAUAGUAUGCUAUUGUGUAAUACAACAGAUACAUAGCAUAUGUGCUAUACAUUGGACAGUUGCUAUGCGCUAGCAUCAGUUGAGUGUUAUGUUUUUUGUGCUAUGCAAAUACUUAGCAAGUGUAAUAUAUGAAUUAUUUUGUUAAUUUGUUUUGCACAUAAAAUAUUGUUUGAUUUAAAAAUCAAAGUCAGGUAUGGUUUGUAUAGCCCAUGUGAAUGGGCCAAUGUGUUGUUUGAUUACAAACUGACCAGUGUUUUAAACAGCAUUACUCUGCAUUUUUGCAAACCAAUUAAAAUGCAAGACUUCAAAUACAUCGUGCAAUUGUUUAUACAUGAUUCAUGUUUUUUAUAAUUUCAUUAUAAGAACUACAUGUAUAAACUAAAUGUUCUGCUUGAGUUAAUGCAUGGAUAUUGAAAUGUUAUUUUGCCAUAUUUUGUUUCAGAUUCUUAAAUAUAGUUAGGCCCCAACAGGUGAAAUUUCUGUUUAUCCAGAUUAUCUGGGAAAAACUAACCGUGACAAAGCCUUAAUUUUACUCAAUAGUGACAAAGACAUGUAGAUAUAUUGGAUCAUCCUCAAAGGGUAAAAAACUGCUAUAUAGACAUUUAAUUUGUGAGGGCCUUAUUUUAUAUUUUUACAGCAAUCUAUCUACUUAUACACCGCAGUAUAAAUGUAAUACCUC